GCAGUUGGCCUAUAACGGUGUUUUGUUCCCAGCAGUCAGUGACUCAUCGCCCAGUCACACCCACACAUAUACUGUAUAUAUACUGGUGUACGUGUUCCUCUACUGACCACUCAACCUCCAGGUUCACAUUCUCUGCUUCCACGUCUUCUCAUCUCUCAGGACAACUGUACAUCCUCAGCCAUGGGCAACAACGGCAGCAGCGACAGCAUCGACAACAGCAGCAUCGACAACAGCAGCAACGACAACAGCAUCGACAACAGCAGCAGCGACAACAGCAUCGACUACAGUGGCAACACCAGCGGAGACAACAGCGGCUCAAUCAACAUCUCAUUCGGAAGAUCAGUCCAAAGCUCAGUCCCAAGCUCAGUCCAAAGAUCAGUCCAAAGCUCAGUCCAAAGGUCAGUCCAAAGCUCAGUCCCAAGCUCAGUCCAAAGGUCAGUCCAAAGGUCAAAGCAAAGCUCAAUCCAAAGCUCAAUCAACAUCUCAGGCAGUGUGCAGCUGUACCGGACUCUGAGCCAUGCAAACCCAUCGGGGAAUAUGUUCUUCUCUCCGCUGAGCAUCAGUUCAGCUCUGGCUAUGGUCUACCUGGGAGCCCGAGGAGACACAGCUGCUCAAAUGGAAAAGGCCCUGAUAUUCAGCUCUGGUGAAGAGUUCCACGCUGAAUUCAAGAAGCUAAUCGCAGACAUCAACUCACCAUCGGCAUCAUACAUUCUGAAAACAGCCAAUCGUCUGUAUGGGGAGAAAACCGCAAAGUUCCUCCCUCAAUUCCUGGAAGCCACGUGUAAGUACUACCAGUCAGGCCUGAAGACUGUGGAUUUCAUCAGGGCCGCGGAGGCGAGCAGAGUGGAGAUCAACACCUGGGUCGAGCAGCAGACAGAAAAUAAAAUAAAAGAUCUCCUGAAGCCGAGGACAGUCUCUGAUGGUACGAGGCUGGUUCUGGUCAAUGCCAUCUACUUUAAGGCAAACUGGAUGAACCGCUUUGAUAAAGCAACCACCAAAGAGAUGCCCUUUAAAGUCAGCCAGAAUGAGAGCAAACCAGUCCAGAUGAUGUACCAGAAAAUGAAUCUGCACUGCAACUACGACCCUGACUGCGCUCUGCAGAUCCUGGAGCUGCCGUAUGAGAAGGAUGAGCUCAGCAUGUUCAUCCUGUUGCCUAAAAGGUCCACAGACGGCUCCGACCCUCUGCUGAAGCUGGAGAAGGAGGUGACGCUGGAGAGGCUGAAGGAAUGGACCAACAAGAAAAACAAUGACGACAAGUCAUACGUCCACGUUCACCUGCCAAAGUUCAAGCUGGAGGAGGACUACGAGCUGAACGAGCCUCUGUCCAAGCUGGGCAUGACGGACGCGUUCUGCGCGUCAAAGGCCGACCUGUCUGGCAUGAACGGCAAAAGAGAUCUGUUCCUGUCUAAGGUGGUACACAAGGCCGUCGUGGAGGUGAACGAGGAGGGCACGGAGGCGGCUGCGGAUGCGGCCACAGGAGCCGUGGUCACUAAUACUUGCUGUGGGUUGAAGGAGGAACACUUCACAGCAGACCACCCCUUCCUCUUCUACAUCACCCACAAUAAAACCCAGACCAUCCUCUUCCUCGGCAGGUUCUCGUCUCCUCAGUAGACAGAACCAGGAGAGGAAGAUAUUCAAAUAAAGGCUUAAUCCUUAAAA